AUGGGGAACGACUCCUGUGAUCAUUGCCGAGGGAAUGGCUCCGCCACCAAGGAUGCUCUUUCCCCGGAGAAGAUUUGCAUGGACUGGCGGCAAAGACAGAGAGCUGGAGCAGGACUCCACAACCUGGGCAAUACGUGUUUCCUCAACACCGUCCUGCAGUGCCUGACGUACACACCCCCUCUGGCCAACUACCUGCUCUCUCGGGAGCACAGCCGGUCGUGUCGUCUGCAAGGCUUCUGCAUGAUGUGCAUCAUGGAAGCACAUGUUAACAAGGUCCUGCAUUCUUCAGCCAGAGCCAUCCGGCCUACCGCUGUUGUCAGUGUCCUCACACGAGAACAUUUCCAGCUUGGCAUGCAGGAAGACGCCCACGAGUUCUUACGCUACACUGUCGAUGCCAUGCAGAGAGCUUGUCUGAGUGGAGGCAGCGACUGGCACAUCUCUUCUCAAGCAACUACCAUCGUCCAUCAAAUAUUUGGGGGCUUUCUGAGAUCCAGAGUAACGUGCUCGAGCUGCAAAGCCGUUUCUGACACCUACGAGCCAUUCCUUGACAUUUCUUUGGAUAUCAGGGCAGCCUCAUCUGUCACUGGAGCGCUGGAAGACCUUGUCACACCUGAGCAGCUGGAUAGUGAAAAUGGCUAUAAAUGUAGCAAGUGUGAACGGCUGGCCACUGCAUCCACGAGGCUUACAAUAUAUCAUCCCUCCAAUGUCCUGACAGUGUGCUUGAAGAGAGUUGAUCCUUUCUCUGGCAGAAAGAUCAGCAAGUUUGUGCAGUAUCCGGAAUAUUUGGACCUUGGCGCAUACAUGUCUCAAGCGGCUGGAGAACCACUCGUCUAUUCCUUGUAUGCCGUCGCGGUCCAUCAAGGUUCCAGCUGUCACGAAGGACACUUUUACUGCUUUGUGAAGGCCAGCGAUGGACGGUGGUACAAGAUGAAUGAUGCCUCUGUAGGUGUUUGUGACAUCAAGACGGUUCUCCGCCAGCGUGCAUAUCUACUCUUCUAUGCCAGGCACCAUGAUUUGACCCCUGGAGCAGGCGCUGAAUACCAAGCGACAAAGAGCACUUCUGUGGCAAAGCCGGGUCGAGUGCCUAAGAGUCCAUUUUCUAGAGGCAGCGUGGGACUGAGCAAUCAAGAAGGUGGAGAAAAUAUGCACUGGAUCCAAGGGAAGAGACAAACAUGGGGCUCUGCAGGAACUCCCCCUCAGCACUGCGGCAGGAAGAGAGCGUGCUCUGACACGGAGGAGGGGGAGAAGCUGAACGGAAGCCAACCAGACUGUCCGCCUCCCAAGCGGAGGUGCACUGGCCGCACGGAAACACAGAAGCGCACUCACG